AUGUCGCUAACAGUACCCCAGGACGCUUCCGUUGACAUCGAAAAUAAAUACUACAACGCCAAACAACUGAAAGUCGAAUCACCUCAAGAAGCCAUCGAUGAAUUCCUCGGCGUGCCCGCUCUUGAGGACGAAAAGGGCGACUGGGGGUUCAAGGGUCUCAAGCAGGCGAUCAAACUGGAAUUCGCACUGGGCAGAUACGAUGCUGCGGUUAAACACUACAAGGAGCUACUCACAUACGUUAAAAGUGCGGUGACUAGGAACUACUCCGAGAAGAGCAUCAAUAAUAUGUUGGACUACAUCGAGAAGGUAACUGGCCAGCAAGCCGAUGCUUCGGCGACAGAUUCAACCGCGUACAAGUCGAUGGAGGAGUUUUACAGCCUGACAUUGUCCACGUUUCAAGCCACGAACAACGAGAGACUGGCACUCAAGACGAACCUCAAGCUAGCGAAACUGUACCUCGACAAGAAAGAUUACAAUCAACUCACUAACAAAGUGCGGGAGAUCCACCAGGCAUGUCAGAAGGAAGACGGUACAGAUGACCCCGGCAAAGGCACGUAUUCACUCGAAGCCUACGCGUUGGAGAUCCAAAUGUACGCAGAGAUGAAGAACAACAAGCGACUGAAGUCUCUAUACCAGAAGGCCCUCACAGUACGGUCAGCGGUCCCUCAUCCGAAAGUCCAAGGUAUCAUCAGAGAAUGUGGCGGGAAGAUGCACAUGAGCGAGGAAAACUGGAAGGAAGCCCAAAGCGACUUCUUUGAAUCUUUCAAGAACUACGACGAGGCCGGCUCCAUGCAGCGGAUCCAAGUCCUGAAGUACCUGGUCUUGACGACGAUGCUGAUGAAAUCCACCAUAAACCCCUUCGAUUCGCAAGAGACAAAGCCUUACAAGAACGACCCCCGGAUAUCAGCUAUGACGGAUCUUGUCGAUGCCUACCAACGGGACGACAUUCUCCGCUAUGAAUCCAUUCUCAAGGACAACCAGGAUCUGCUGGCGGAUCCGUUCAUAGCCGAGAACAUUGACGAAGUCAGCCGCAACAUGCGCACCAAAGCCAUCUUGCUACUAAUUGCCCCAUACACCCGUUUCACCUUGCAAUUCAUUGCAGAGCGCAUCAAAAUUCCGGUCAGCGAGGUUCAAGACAUCUUGGGGCUCUUGAUCGUGGACAAAAAGCUACAGGCAAAGAUCAAUCAACAAAAUGGCACCGUGGAGGUUGAGGACUCCCAAGGAAGUGACAAGGAGCACCUGAACCGGCUUCGAGAUUGGACGUCUGCCGUGGAGACCCUAUGGACUACAGUGCUCAACGAAGGCGAUGGCUUCAAGCUCGAAGACUCUCAGGGAGGUGCCGGGUUCCCUGGUAUGAAUUUUCCGAUCGGAUUCGACCCUGCCGGCCCAAUACCCAGUCGGGGACCCGGUCGUCGGGGUGCUGCACGCGGGCGAGGUGGUGGCAAGCUAGUCGCUCCCAUAUGA